AUUUGGAAAGUCAUGUUUCCUAGGGGCGCAGAUAUCCGGCUUGUAAGGGGCCAUCUAGAGGUUUAUGAGCCUUGUGAUGACUCAUUUGCAUUGGUUGAUGCCCUCCUUGCUGAUCGAGGGAACCUAGUAAAUCACCAAGCAAGGUUUUGCAUGGAAAUUGGUUGCGGAAGUGGUUAUGUAACCACGUCAUUAGCUAUCAUUCUUGGGAAAGAAAACUCUGGAAUCCAUUAUUUUACAAGAGACAUCAAUCCUCAUGCUACUAGAGUGACUCAGAGGACUCUAUAUGCUCAUGGUGUACAUGCGGAGGUUAUCAACACUGAUAUUGCGUCUAGGCUUCAAAAGCGACUUGUAGGCAUGAUGGAUGUCAUUGUUGUGAAUCCUCCUUAUGUGCCCACACCUGAGGAGGAAGUUAAUUGUGAAGGGAUCACUUCAUCUUGGGUAGGAGGGUACAAUGGGUGCACCGUAAUUGACAAAAUCUUCCCUGUGGUGGAUGAGCUAUUGUCAGAUACAACUUGGCUUUAUAUGGUCACCCUGACAACUAAGAACCCUUCAGAAAUUUGUUUGGUAAUAAGGAGAAAGGUUUAUGCAUCUCGCAUUGUCCUCCAGAGGUCAACAGAAGAGGAAAGCCUCCAUGUUAUCAAGUUUUGGCGGGAGGGAGUAGAUGAUGUGCGGGACAAGGAUAUAAUGUCAUCUUCUUUGGAUUUGGGUUCUUGA